GAAACCAUCAUUCAAAAAAUCUGAUAAAGGUAUCCUCAAUCAACACCAAGAACACCAAUAAUAAGCAAGGAUGUUGUAUGCGGCUAAUGCCUGGACCACAGUGCGCCAUGCAUUUACACCGGAAGUGGAUGUCUCAAGUUGCAGCUCGGUUGUAUUUGACGGGCAACAUUUGGUAGUUUUGGGCCACAAUGCAGGCAAGAAGGGAUGGCUGUCCACAGGGUUUGUUCUGACUAUGAAAGAUGGGCAAUGGCAUCUGGAAACGACCAUUCCUGGACUGAACAUGCCGAAUCAAAAACCUCUCUUCGGCUCGGUACAUGCAGUCACGAAAGCUGUGUUGGCACCGGGUGCUUCCAUCGUCUUGGUGGACAACCGAUAUUUAUACGCUGUGGUUAAGAAUGACACCGGCGACAAAACCAAGCUGAAUGCACAUGGGUAUAUACCCCAAGAGGAACUGAUUGUAGCGGAUCUGAAACGAUACAUGGAAAUACAAAGCAGAGGAGUCGUUUCCACCGUCUUUGACUGGAUUGGCAGCAGCCUGGGCAUUUCUGGCACUCAAGAUUCCACUGCCAAGCCGGAGAGUGCUUUUUGGAGAUUCAGAGCGGAAAUGGAGCAGGCUGGAUCGUCUAUAACAACCGACAAUCAUGCCAUUUACGCCGUGGGUGGAUUUACUACUCUAUCACCCAAGUUCUAUGAGGUAUUCGCGGCCAAGGAGAGAGUUUCGCGGUCGGUCAGUAUGCUGUCGCUGAGGCAAGAUUCCGCCACGCAACAACAAACUACUCCGACCGGUUGGGAAAGACUGCCGGAUCUCAAUGUGCGUCGAAAGAAUCUUGCAACAGUUGUCGUUGGUGGAUACCUGUAUGCCAUUGGUGGACAGAAUGAGAAGGGAAAAGCCCUGGCGUCCGUGGAACGACUCGACCUGGCAGCCGCAUGCAACAACCUAGCAGCAUGGGAACCUGUGGCAUCCAUGAACACGGCACGGUUUUCCUCUGCUGUCACUGUUACAGAUUCUGGUAUCAUCGUGGUGGCUGGAGGAAGCAGCAGUUCUGGUAGUAUCCUCAACACAGUGGAAUACCUGAAACACACCACCUUUGUCAAUCAUACUCCGGACUGGAAGAAGCUUCCCAAUCUACAAACUGCCCGUGCUGGGGCGUCUCUGUCUAUCAUUCAUUCCAAGCUGGUGAUUUCUGGAGGGAGAGACUCCUCUCCUGGGCUAUUGUGGGGACCAGAAGGAUUGGAUUCUAUAGAAACCUUGGACCUGUUAGUUCAAGAACGCGGCGGUGAUGCGGAAGAAGUUCCGGCUUCCUUUGUGCCCAUGGCUUCUGCCACGCUUCUCCCAGAAGCCCAAGCGGAACUAUACAUCGACAACCCACCAAUGGCACCAGAGUCGACGGCAGAUAGAGGAGACCCAACAUCCAUUCCUGUGCUACGACCGACAGCCCCGACGUUGGAGGAAGUGCUGGAAUAUCCUGUGGCGUUGGUGUCGGAGCUAACCAAUACCCUGCCGACUUCCAUACGAAACGACGGUGAGGGACAAGAGCACCAAGUACCCUUGGCCGCGGUGGCGCCGAUGCAACCUCCUUCGUUACCACCCGCCAUGCAACCGCCAACUGCCUCCAAAAGUGAUGACCAAUGUGACGACCAAGGAAGUGAAAAUGAUUUCACAUGUGCUGUGUGCUUGGAGCGCAAGAAACAAGUGGCCUUUUAUUGUGGACAUCAAACAUGUCUUCACUGCUCGCCCUUGCUGAACGAAUGUCACAUUUGCCGGAAACCCAUCCAAGGGAGAGUCCAAUUGUUUGGUGACUGAUUCUUUUUGUUGCAAGAAGUGCAAUUGUAUUCCACACGAACAUUGUGAGACAUGGAAGCAUUAUUUUGAUGUUGGCUACCCCCUCGCAUCGGAGCUGGACAUGCUCCUCCAAUCUAUCUACCUUUGCAGACUGGACUACCGUUUUAUUCAAAGGACCACAGAGCAGGGGCGAGUAUGGCACAACUAGCUAGGAUUAUUGAAGAUAGUGACUCUGUUGACCCGAAUGGAAGGAUGAAAUGCAUUUUUUUAAAGCGGAUUCUAAUCGAGGCUACUAGAUCGUGCAUACUCUCGCUGGAGCGAUCAUGAACCAACCCCAAUGUUGUCGCUUCCAUAGAUACCGUACCCAAUCACUAAGACAAUUAACCUUUGUUGGCCAAGUGCCAAGGGCUGACUUUUGACGUCCCUUGCUAGCGGUGCGUACAGUACGGUACCGGUAGGCCUCUUCUUUGCAGGGACAAUACCUGAUUUUGCCCUUGCCAUCCGCACACACGUCCCAUACCGUAGGCAGAGCACUGCAAAUUCUUCUUGCUCCCCCUUUUUUCCAGUUAGUCCUUGUGGUGAGCGGUGAGCACAAGACUUCAUGUGGUACCGGUAGCUUCCAGUCUGCCUGCUGGCACUCCGAGCCGCAAUCGUACACAUUUUGCCACGGACAGCACUGGAACUUGCAGUCCCCGUGGCUUGACUAGCUAGCCGCAAUGAUCACAGGCGUUAUUGGCACUUGAAUUUUCUUUGGCAAUGCUCAAUGCAGGUUCGGAGGAGAGGCAACCCCAAACCUAUCGCUAGGAGAGUUACAGUAUCUUAUCGGUGAGGUUGGCGUGUGCUUUGUUGAGGGAAAAGAUCGAGCUGAUGGCAGCGACAGCUCGAUCAUCCAUAUAUGCCUACUUCACGCCCAGAACCCCUUGAUCCCUUCCCCUACUUUUUACAAGCGGAGGUUACCUAGUACCGUUCCUUUCACGUAAUCCCC